CCUCGGAACAUUAUCAUAUGAGUUUUGCUAUAGGAAAAAAAUUUUCAAAUAAAUUCCUUAAAAAUUUGGAAAAAAACUAUCGUUCUAUUUCUAACGACGAGGAUAUAUAUCUCACCUACUCGUCUUCCAACAAAAACAAAUUCAAUAUGACUUCUAGUCAACCUGCAGCGCCUUCUCAAACUGCUAACAACACUUCAACAGACACAACUAUGGAAGAAGCAACGACUUCUUCUCCUACUCAUGCUCUUUCGCACAUCGAAAUUGAACUUACAUCACGUGACUCACAUGAACAAGAUGUUCACACACAAACACCAAUCACUGACAAAUUGACUAAUAUGGAUGUAGAUCCCAUAGAUUCUAACUCGGAUAAAGGAAAAUCACCGGAAACACAAUCAGCCACACAAACAAACACCCCUAAUCCGUUACAUAUUACGGUGCUAACAGAUAUAUUUACACAUACACCACAAGUUUCAAACAAAGUUCACAAAGGAUUUAUUCCUAGAGAUAGUUUUCAGUCAAAACUUUCUAACAACGAUAUUAUCAAUCUAAUCAAAACGUCAUUCAUUAAAGAUAGUAAUGCUUUUAGAUUUGACGUCAAUACAACGUCCACUUAUAGAUACUUUACCAUCCAUUUCAGAACACGUGACUCGCUCGACCAAUACAUAGCAAAUAGUCCUGACAACCUCAAAAACAUAAAAAUUUACGAACUCACCAAUGAGGCUAUUAAUACGUUAAUAGAACAAAAAUUCUCCAACCUAGACCAGGCUGUUAUAAAAAUUAUGGAUAUACCAUAUAAUUAUGAUACCUCCAUGCUUAUUAAGCAUCUCGCUGCAAAAACAGGCAGCAAUAUCAUAGAACACAAAGAAAUUAAAAAACCUCCAAGAAAAAUUCCUAACCGCAAUAACCGCGGUCGUCCUAUUUUCAUAAAACCAGCUUAUAAGCAACUUAUUGUCCAAUUUGACAAACAAGCAGCAUAUGAUUAUUUCAUGAAAGAAAACUAUUGGAGCCUCGAAAUAGAAAAUUUCGUAGUAAGGAUCUUACCUGGUAACACUGAAGACCCUGAAUAUAAAAUACGCACCAGUAAUUAUUUUAAGAUCACCGGACUUCCCCUUAACACCACAGCCAAGGACAUUGAACCUCUUAUCAAACACGUCUACGGACGAACUUGUACAUUUACACAAACUACCAAAUAUUCAACCAUGAAAAAUGCUUAUAUUUACGUCUCACCUAACAAUUAUCCAGUGGACGCGUCCAAUGGAGCCUCCUCACUUUUCGAAGGAUACAACCUCCACGUUCUACCAGGACACCUUUCACUAAAAACAUGUAAUAUUUGUGGUUCACCACUUCAUGAGACAAAUAUCUGUGACGACAAAAACUUCGAUACAGAUCAUAAUAAUCGGAAAAUCUUCAAAAAACGAUUUAUUAAACUUAACGAGGAAAAAAUUACAAUCAACGAUAACCACAGAACCAGGUUUAAUCACGUCAUCACUUUAAACGCAAACAAAAGAUCUCCCUCAAUGUCACACGACCCGAAAACCAACCAUACACCACCGCAUAACUACAAUAACAAAAAAUACCAACAAGCAGGUAGCUCAUUAUAUCCAAGACAAACCAAACAACCAACCAAUAACCAUUACAAUUACGACAAAAGUAACAAGGAUUUCAAACAUGAUAAUUCCUAUAUUGCCCCCCACCUAGACAAUCCCCAAAGUCAAGAAAAGAUUACACAACAUAGAGAACGUAAUGCCAAACCACCAAAACGACUGUCACCGUACGAGCAAACUUCGUAUAAGGCAACUAAAAAUAGAUAUAACCUAAGAGGCAAUAAACAGGGAAACAUAUCAGCGGAAGACAGCGAACAUCAUCAUUUGGCAACUGAUGACGAUACCGAUGCCCCUGAUGACGCCGCGAUGUCAGACGGUGCCGUCUUCGAAGGAAUCAUUGACGAAGUGUCAAAUGCUUCAUCAUCUGAGCCUAAAUUUUCAGUUAAAUCCUACAAUCCCCUCAACCUCCUCCCGCAGUUUAAUGCGACACGUUAA